CUUGGCAGUUCAUCCAGACAAAAUUACCAUAGCAACAGGUCAGGUGGCUGGGCAUGAUAACAAGAAGUCUAGCAGGCCUAAGAGCGCCCAACAUGGAAAAGGCGACCCAAGCACUGCUCCUGAUCAUUUGCCUCAUGUCCGGAUUUGGAACUCUGUCAGCCUGCAAACUCUCCAUGUCUUGGGUCUGGGAGGAGACUUUGAUAGAGCAGUAUGCUCUAUUGGAUUCUCAAAGGCAGAUGGUGGACAGCUGCUGUGUGCUGUGGAUGAGGGCAAUGAGCAUACUCUAUCAGUGUGGGAGUGGCAGAAAGGAGAGAAAGGACACAAGAUUACAGAGACCAAGAGUUCUACAGAGCCUGUUGUGGCCUCAGAGUUCCAUCCACUGGAUGCCAAUACCAUCAUUACUUGUGGUAAGAAUCAGAUCACAUUCUGGACACUGGAAGGUGGCACCCUGGGCAAGAAACUGGGGCUCUUUGAGAAACACGAGAAACCCAAGUUUGUACUUUGUCUGGCUAUUGCUGAUAAUGGAGAUGUCUUUACUGGAGAUUCUAAUGGAAAUAUAUUCAUUUGGCCAAGAGGCACCAACAAGAUCUCCAAGGCCCUGACAGGGGUACAUGAAGGUGGUAUCUUCUCCCUGCUGUUCACCAAGGAUGGCCAUCUGCUAUCUGGUGGUGGCAAGGACAGGAGAAUUGUACAGUGGGAUGCCACUGGCUUGACUCAGACUGGAGAGGUGGAGAUCCCAGAACACUAUGGUGCUGUGCGCACACUGACCCAGGGCAAGGGGAAUAUGAUUGUAGUUGGCUCUACCAGGAAUGUCAUACUACAAGGGACACUGGAACUCAACUUCAACCCUAUAGUACAGGGUCAUGUUGAUGAACUGUGGGGGUUGGCAGUCCACCCUAAUCAGCACCAGUUCCUGACCUGCGCCUAUGAUAAGAAGGUGUUCCUCUGGGACGCACUGUCUCAUUCUGCUGUUUGGAGCAAGGAAUUGGAGGUCCCUGCCCACUGUGCAUGUUUUCACCCUGAUGCCCAGGUGGUGGCUAUAGGGACACAGACUGCCAAGUGGCUGGUGCUGGACCUCACUUCUAGAGAACCUGUCUAUUCUCACACUGAUGGCAAUGAACAGAUUGAGUGUGCGGAGUAUUCACCAGACGGAAAGUACUUGGCACUGGGCUCCAGGGACAAUCACAUUUAUGUUUAUAGUGUUGAUGAGGAAGGGAAAAAAUAUUCACGCGUUGGUAAAUGCCAGGGUCACUCCAGUUUUGUGACUCACCUAGACUGGUCUGCAGACAGUCAGUAUAUUCAGUCAAACUCAGGAGAUUAUGAACUACUUUUCUGGAAUGCAUCCAGUUGCAAACAAAUCACAGCUUCAAGUAGUAUGAGAGACGUACAGUGGGCCACUUCUUACUGUACCAUUAGCUUCAAUACUUGUGGCAUCUGGCCAGAGGGAGCUGACGGUACGGAUGUCAAUGGCAGCAGUCGUGCUCACAAGGCAGAUCUCCUGGCUAGUGCUGAUGACUAUGGGAAAGUGAACCUCUACAGAUACCCUUCAACACACAUUGAGGCUGGGCAUCGGGCUUAUGGUGGCCAUAGUAGUCAUGUGACUGCUGUCCGCUUCCUUCAUGAUGAUAGUCGUCUGCUUUCAACUGGAGGGAAGGAUGCCGGAAUUCUUCAGUGGGAGAUUUUAUAAAGAUUCUCAAGAAUGAGUAAUCUGCUUUCUAUUGAUACUGAUAAUAUGAAUGGAUUUUCAGAAAAGAAAGUAUACAUAAUAUGACUUGAUUAAUGUUGAAACAAAAAAGGGUAAUGAUGCUAAUUAAUUGUUAAAAAUCAUGUCUCCAAUGACUGAUGAAGUUAUUUCAUUGUAGAUGAAAAUACAUGAAGUGAAAGUGUUUGAAGUAUUGUGAAUGCCAUCUUUUGAUAGUGGGUUUAACAGUCAGUUUAAGUCCUUUUGUUUGAAAAGGUUCUCAGAUGAAAAACAUUAAAUCUUGACCUAAUACUUUGAUAUAAUAAGAAAUGGAAUUAUCUCAUUUAUACUUCUAAAUAUAUUUUCUUUGGCUUGGUCUAAAAAAUUUUAUUUUAUUUUUUUUUAUUUAUUUAUUUAUUUAUUAUUAUUAUUAUUAUUAUUAUUUUUUUUUUUUUGAAAUUUUGAUACAUAAUUUUGUUUUUGUUUAAUUACUUGCAGUGUUUCACUUAUUAUAAUAAGACUUGGCCUAAAUGUCUUCUCAGAAUUCUCAGAGUGAAAGUGGAUUGCUAUUAUGUACUGUUUUCUUAGAAAUUUUGAUGGCCCCAAGCUUACUGUACACCAGAUAAAUUCAGUAUUAUUGGGGACAGAUAGAGCCUUUUAGAUAAAAAGAAAAUUUGUGUUUAAUGUUUUUCUUCCCAUAAAUAAUAGAAAUUAAUCUAGCUGUAAAAAGAUUUAGAGAUUACAGUAUACUGUAGGAUAUAGGAUAAGGUUGAUAUGGAAUUAGUAUUGUAUGUGAACAAGAUAUAUGAAAAAGUUCACUGUCAAUGAUAAUAAUUAUGAAUAUAUUGUAGUCAUUUUCUUUUAAAGAUGUUUUUCAUAUACAAAAAAGCAGUGGAUUAACAUUACAAUGAGCAGAUAAAAGUAAUUUGAGUAUAUCAUUUGUGUUUGUGUACUCUCUGUAAAAUGACUUCAUUUGAUAUUUGAAUUGUUUUUAUGAAUUUAAAGACCUAAAUGUAUGCCUCUUAUAAUAUGGCAGCAUUUUCAAUAUACUACUUAAAAUUAUUUUGCAUGUUUUCUUCAUGUGGCAUAUUUGUCUGGAUUGCUAAAAAUCUGUUAAUGUUUAUAUUAGCACUAAUAAACAAGUGGUCAACUAUCCUCUUUAAGCAUAUUUUUAUUUUAGGUGUUUUUAUUUAUGCAAAAGAAAACUCAAUCCUUUAAAGUAUUUAUUUGUUUAUUUAUUUAUUUGUUUAUUGAGAAAACUAGACAAUAAAUUCCACAAGAGAGAAAAUAAGUUUAGAGUUUUUGAUAGUGAACUUACCUAUGGUUACUUUAUGUAAAAAAUAAACCAAUGUCUAGAUAUAGCAAUCUUUUUUUCAUGGACG